AUGGCCUUAGCAGAAACAUCAGUUUACCUCGGUUUCUGGACCAACUGGUCCCACGGCGCUAUAAACGGACUGACUUAUACAACGACACUAGAGAAUGGUGCCCUAUUUAUUGCAUUUCUCGCGCUUUUCGUCACAUAUACGGGCACUUGUUUCUGGAGCAUCGCCUCCUUCACUGUCCAUCAAACGCUGAGUCGACAGGCUCCUCAGAACACGAUAUAUCACCAGCAACAAGCGAUACUUCGCACCUCCGACACCAGCACGAUCGCUCUAUGGAGGUUGAUAAAAUUAACAUGGGCUUGGAGAAAGACAAUGGGUACUACCUCGUUCAAAUCAACUCUAAUACCUCUAGCCACAAGUCUAGCUACCCUUUCCGCAUUCACUAUAGCCAGCAUCUUCUCCUCACGAGUUGCUUCAUCUAGGGGCGGCGAGGUCCUAAUCGUUGGGUCUAAUUGCGCUGUUUUCAACGGCUCUCUUAUGACACAAGAGAAUCACGGAAUGACCCAAUAUUAUACUGCUAGUAGGAUCAGAUCAAGCGCUAGCUACAAAGCAAACUGCUACUCAGGCUCUAAGUUAACAGAAGGCUGUCACACAUUCGCUCGAAGUAGCCUUCCCUUCAUAGUCACACACGGCAACCCUUGUCCUUUUCCUGGGAAAGACGCAAUAUGUGGCUUAGAGAAUGGCUCUAUUCGUUUAGACUCCGGAUUUUUAAAUAGCCAUUACGAUCUAGGAAUCAAUUCGCCACCUUCGUCUCGGUUCCUCUACCGCUCUGUCACUGAAUGUAGUCCUAUACGCGAUAAAGGCUAUAUACGAUUCAACAACAUGAAAACGCCAAAAACCGCGGAAUUUUUGUAUGGAGAUGACUCGGUACACUGUGGGAGAAAUUCAGAUGGAUGUACCAUGGAUGUCGGUUUUGGAGAUGGACUAGGUAGUCGAGCGGCACGUUCCCAAUACACACUCUCGGUUGCUACAAAAUGGCAAUUGCCCAAGGAUAUGGACUUUGCCAACACAUGGGAGCCAAUACCUGAGCUAUCGGUACCAAACACAGACGUCAAUGUCCUUUUCUUGCAACCGAACUCUAUUUUGUACGCUACGCCUGUUUAUGAUCCCUGGUUCGAUGCAACUUAUGGACCCCUUAUUGCUACCUUGACACGGGGCAAUAUCACUGUGUACGCGAGCAACCAGCCGGCAAAAGCUUUGGCGUGCGCUCAACAAUAUCAGUUUUGCAACCCGUCCUUGCCCCAAGAUAUAAGCUGUACACCACCUAUGGGGAUCCAUGAAGCUGUUAUAGCUGCUUCAUCGACGCUUUUCAAAGAAAAAAAUAGCAGGGAUGCCUUCGAUUGGUCUGCGCUUGCGAUUCGGUAUAUGGCAAAUGGGUUUACUGAGAUUGUCACUAUCUUGGGAGGCACAGCCCUUCUCGCAGGUGAUACCCUCUCUGCGGCUGGACAGGAUAGUUUACCUAACAAUCAAUGGGAGCUUGAAUUGGAGCAUUGGUUCAAGAUUACUUUGGCCGAUAUCCAGCGAGCGAUACUCGAUCAAGCGACUGGCCCAACAGAUCCAAGAGCGGCUUCGUUUCACUCACCGCCUAAAACUGCUGCAGCGCGCACCAUUUGCAACAGUCAGAAGAUAAGAUCUGACUCUUAUACUUCUUUCAACGUACUCGGCCUUAUAAUCAUUUUUUCUAUCGGCGGUCUUAUUAUAUUAAUCUCAGCUUGUCUGCCAUUAGUGACUGCGCGGCUACAGCGAAGCCGAAACCCGUUUGCCAGCCUAGAGUGGAUCUCUAAUGAUACACUACAACUUCAGCGACUAGCUCAUGAAGCCGUUGGUGCAGGCGAGUGGAAGGGCGCAUGCGAUGACUACCCAUUUACGCGAAAGCAUGAUCUCUUGGCUGUGCUUGAUAUCACCGAUCGCAAGCAUCCAGUGCUCAGGGUAGAACCAGAGGCAGCAGAAACUACAGAGAUAGAGCCAAACGACAAGGAGCAGUGUAUUGUGACGGCUGGAAUAGCUGGUUCGACAUAG